AUGAGUGAACCGAAUCUGUUAAGCACCACCCCGAUGGCCAUUUCGCCGGCAGAAUCGACUCCAGAUAUUCCACCUCAAGAUGAGCAUGUUGACACAUCUCCAGCAGAACCCGAUAUUUCCCCGGAGGAACCUUUUGCUCCGUUAAUUAUUGACCAAUUACCGAACAUGACAAUUGAUCAACUCGCCAAACUAGAGAGUCAACUAUCGAAGGAGUUCAGUGACCUAUCUCGAAAUUAUCUCGAUGCUCGUAAAAGCCGAAUUGAUACCCUAAUAAAAAAUGUUGAUGCUCAGAUAAAGACGUUCCAAGAUAAUGAUGCUGAGUGGACCGAUCUUUACCUAAAUCAAAUAAAGGCCCUAGAGGAUUAUGUGGCCUAUCCGGAAGCAGUUAUGCAACGGGCAGAAAAAUUCCAUGAGUUGUUAGAGUCAGUUAAACUGCCGUAUGAACUUGACGACGUAUUCAGUGGACGCAAGGAUGCACUUCCGUUUGCAAAUUACUUCCGACGCAUAAUUCAGCCACAUCAAAAGGAAUUAGUGGCACUCAGUCACUUGAGAACAUACCUGACAAUGCUUGUAGACCAGCUUGCGGAAAAGAAUAGAGUCAUACUAUGGAACCAAGUUCGUUCUGACAUCGUUGAACACAAGGAUAAACUCAUCAAGGAUACCUACGAGGAGCUCUACCAACUACAUAAAGAGUAUUAUGGGGUUAAUUCUAAUGAGAUAUGCAACCUUGAUAAUCAAUCGUAUUAUCGCUCAGUGGUACCCGCUCCAAUCCCAGAACCCAAUGAGCAACUGCAAGCCAGACUUUCAACUGAUAACAUCGAUUCUUUCAACGAUAUCGAUAAUCGCUACUUCAAAAAGAAUAAGAUAGAAAUUACCAGCACAAAGUAUGAUGCCCUUAACCAAUUACACAGCUUUGAACAAGAGCAAAGCAGCUACGCUAUUCCGCAGCUAGAUAAUGCACGCGUUGUUCUCGCAGGAUGUCUGGGCUUGGGAGAAGCGGAUAUUGAUGCUGAUCUCACAUUGAUACGGGGGAGGAAAAGGGGCGCAAAUGACAAAGAGGCGACUGGUGGCUCUUCUAAGCAAAAGACCUGCGACGAGACCAGUUCCCUGGAGCCGAAGCGCCUACUGUACCAAGACGUUCUAAACAUGAACCGAAAAUCCUCGCAAAUUUCCAUAACGCCCCUCAAAUCCAACCCGGUAAAGGACGAGGUUGCUGAGAUGGGACCCAUAGAUAGCAUGAGCCACAAAUAA